CCACCUCUCACCGCCCCGCCGCUCUCUGCUCUCCUGCGCCCGGAGGACUAGCCGUAGGAUGGCGCCUCAUCCCUUGGGUGCGCCCACCACCCUAGCGCCCCGAGAGACCCAGCAGCCUUUCCCCGGAGCCUCGGACAGUGACGUGCUCAGCCCCAAGUCCAGCACCCCACCCAGCCCCGCCCUCAUCCAGAGGGACUGCUCCGACACUGAAGCGGGUGACUGCCAAGGGAGCUCGAGGAAGCUUCGCGCCCGGCGCGGAGGGCGCAGCCGACCCAAGAGCGAGUUGGCACUGAGCAAGCAGCGGCGGAGCCGGCGCAAGAAGGCCAACGACCGGGAGCGCAACCGCAUGCACAACCUGAACUCCGCGCUGGACGCCUUGCGUGGUGUUUUGCCCACCUUCCCGGAUGACGCCAAACUUACAAAGAUCGAGACCCUGCGCUUCGCCCACAACUACAUCUGGGCGCUGACUCAGACGCUGCGCAUAGCGGACCACAGCUUCCACGGGCCGGAGGCCUCCGGGCCCUGUGGGGAGCUGGGCAGCCCAGGAGGCGGCUCCUAUGGGGACUGGGGCUCCAUCUACUCCCCGGUUUCCCAGGCGGGCAGCCUGAGCCCCACUGCCUCGCUGGAAGAGUUCCCUGGCCUGCAGGCGUCCGGCUCCCCCUCCUGUCUGCUCCCGGGCGCCCUGCUGUUCUCGGACUUCUUGUGAAGAGACCUGUCUGGCUCUGGGUGGCCGGUGCUGGCCGGGAAGGGAGGGAGCCGGGGCGGGCCGAGGCGGGAGGCAGUGGAGGCGCUCGAGCUUCCCUGCUCCUGCCGGUUCGCGCUAGCGGGGGUCGCUGGCCCGCUCACUGGGCUUAACCGGGCUUCACGGCACUCUGGCUGCUGCCCAGGCACAGCGGGCAUUGCGGGCUGCGGUCUUCUUAACCCUCCUCGGUGCGGCCACUUCACACCCCCACCGCAGGCAGAGGAGAGCGGUCUCUGCACAGUUGGAGACUCCCGCUCUUCCUGAGGACCCUGCCCUCUUCAAAGCUGCCAGCCUCCAGCCGGCCUCUUCUCCAGGGUGACCUAAUCCAGCGCUGGGUCUGACAACACCGGCUCUCCCACCCGGCUUUGGCUCCGUAAACAACGCUCAUCCUCUCUACUGCCCACCGAGCCCAGGGGUUCCAGGCCGCUCUGUUUUCUGCCUUAAACCACGAAGGUGAUCUUCUGCCUUCUCUUUUCUGCACUUUUCGAGUCUUUACCCUCCCCCGAGGGGAGACCGGGCUGUGAACGGGGGGAAAGCCCUCGCCUGCGGAGCUUGGCUCCGGUGUCUGAAAUGUGACAUGCAGGGACAAGUUCCUGGAGCACUGCUCGUCUCCCUAAAGAGGAAAAAAAAUCAGUUUGUAAAUGAUGUAAUGCCUUUUGAAAUUAAUUUCGUUAUGGUAAAUUAUAUGCCUCCUCCGCCCUUUUACACAUUU